GCUGAUAGUCGCGCACAAAGCUGGCACCGUACACGUGAUCGCGCUGGCGAGAUAACGGACGUUAGCGACGUGCUUUAUUGUUGACCGGCAUAUCGCAUACGCCGAUACAGCAGUAGUUCCUUUUUCUUCGCAGUAUUUUUAACUCGCUUAUUUAUGCAGUGCGCGCUGGGAAUCCCAGGUGCCGGCACGACAGCUGCUGCGAAUACAACGCUGUCGCGAGGCGCAGCAGCUGUCCAGCAAAGCAGGCUUCCGCACCGAAGGGUGGUGGUAUCUCCAAGACAAGGAUCACCCAACAUGGAAGGCGCAAGUAGCUUGGACUCAGCUGUGAAGUUCGAAGGUGUCAUCUGUGACGCCUGCGGUCGUGAAGGAAUUAUGGGGGCGCGUUGGAAGUGCGAAGUAUGUUGCGACUACGAUCUGUGCGGCGACUGCUACAUGGGAGGAGAGCACCACCAAGACCAUUCCUUUCUGCUGUUCGACAAGCCCGGCAAUAUGCUGACAAGAGUGUCGCCGAGGAAGGAAGUCGGGCCGCACGCCAGCCAGCCCCAUCACGGACCGUGCAUAAGGGUGCCCCCACGACGACCGCCAAGUGGCGUGCAGGCUGGUGGCAUGGUACAUGAAGGAAUCAACUGCGACGCUUGUGGCGAGCGUGGAAUUUUCGGCACGCGUUGGAAGUGUUUGCUCUGCUUUGACUACGAUCUGUGUGGCGCCUGCUACAUGGGAGGAAGGCACAACCAAGAGCACGCCUUCCUGCGCCUCAACAAGCCCGGUGGUACAGCAACGAGGGUACCUCCUAGGAAGACAACGGCCAGGACACAACUGAGCUAUCUUGAACCCGGAGGAGUCACAUUCGACAAUCUCUGUUGCGACUCAUGUGGCCGCGGCAGUUUUUUUGGACCCCGCUGGAAAUGCGACGUGUGCGCCCACUACGACCUAUGUGCCCGCUGCUACCUGUCCGAUGUACACAACCUUGACCACGCCUUUGUGCGCUUCGACAGACCCGGUGGCAGAGGGAUUAGGGUGUGCCCGAGGCAACAGUCAACUGAACUGGAAUUGAAAGCCAUGCUGCAUGAGGAAAUCAACUGCGACGCUUGUGGCGAGCUCGGAAUCUUCGGCAAGCGCUGGAAAUGCCAGUUGUGCAUCGACUACGACCUAUGUACCGCCUGCUACAUGGCCGGCAAGCACGACCGAAAACACCCAUUCCUGCGCAUCGACAAGGCUGGUUGCAUGGCGGUUAAGCUGGCUCCAAGAGAUACAAAUGGCAGGGCACAAGUGAGCUGUCCUGCGACAGAAGCUGUCAGGUUUGACGGAGUCCAAUGCGACGGCUGUGGACAGAGUGCGUUUGCAGGAGCCCGCUGGAAAUGCGACGUCUGCACCGACUACGACUUGUGCACACCUUGCUACUUGUCCAACAAGCACAACUUUGGCCACGUCUUUGUGCGCUUUGAUAGGCCUCAGGGUGAAGGAAUCAGGGUUUCCUCCAAGCGAGAGUCGUCCAAAGUGAACACCGCAGGAAUCUCUCACACAGGAAUCUACUGUGACGCCUGUGGCGAGCGCGGAAUCAUCGGCACACGCUGGAAGUGCGAGUUGUGCUACGACUACGAUCUGUGCACUCCCUGCUAUGCGCGAGGCGAGCACAACCAAGAGCACACGUUCCUGCGCCUCAACAACCCCGGUGACCCUGCAAUAAAUGUGCCCCCAAGGAAGGCGUCAGGCACGUCGGCAGUGAGCCAUCUACCAACCGGAGGCAUUCAGUUCAACGGCAUCACUUGCAAAGUCUGUGGCAGGGCUGAGAUUUCGGGAACCCGUUGGAAGUGCGACGUGUGCGUCGAUUACGACCUGUGCGCCCCAUGCUACGUGUCCAACAAGCACAACCUCACUCACUCAUUUGUCCGCUUCGACAGACCACGUGGUUCAGGAAUAAAAGUGUCCCCGAAGCAAGGCUCAACUGAACCGGACGGCGGAGGCAUCUCGCACGGAGGUGUCAUAUUCAUAGGCAUCACCUGCGACGUCUGUGACGAGCAAAACAUCGUCGGCACCCGCUGGAAGUGCGCCGUGUGCCGAAACUGCGACCUUUGCACAACCUGUUACGCUGAAGGCAAGCACGAUAUCAGUCACGUCUUCAUGCGCAUCGAAGUCCCAGGAAGCAGAGGAGUACGCGUACCACCCAGACAACAACCGACAAGGACGCAGCCUGAAUGCACAGGAGUGGAAGACACGGUCGAUCAGGGAGAUGAACAGAGGAAUGAAAAGGCUUCAACGAGUCACAAUGCGGGUCACGCUGCCCAGGCGGAGCUGGAGACAAAACUGCAGGAGCUAGAGAGCGCCUUACAGUGCGUCAUUUGCAUGGAGGGCAGGCGAAACGUGGCAUUCCUGUGCGGCCACAGCGCGUGCGCUGCCUGCGCCGAAAAUCUCAGAAUUUGUCACAUGUGCCGUGUUCCCAUAACGAAGAGGAUCACUCUCUACUAGACAAGCAGGUGCAUGGAUAGAGAAGGGCCGGUCUACGGCAUUUUUUUUUUCUUUUGGAACAAAAUGGCUUCAUUGACGGCGUUGUUGUUUGCCUGACUCAAGACUGCAAUGUCUCGAGAGACUUCCCAAUAAAAUGUUGGCUGCCUU